AUGGAAAAUUUUGACUGGAAUAAAGCGGUUUUCAGUGAUGAAACUACUGUUCGUUUAAAUACUCUUAAAAAAUAUUAUUGGCAACAACCUGGUGAACGCAAAGUGGUACGAACGGUAAAGUACCCAUUGAAAAUAAAUAUAUGGGGUUGUUUGUCCGCUUCAGGUUUUGGUAAAAUUGUUUGUUUCCAACACAAUUUAAAUAGUAAAUUACUUUGCAAUGAAAUAUACAGAAAUGCUCUUUUACCUACAGCUCGUGUUCAUUUUGGACGGCUCCAUGAUUGGGUUCUUGUGGAGGACAGUGACCCAAAACACAAAUCAAACAUUAGUACUGCAUGGAAACAAGAUCAUCAUAUUAAAACACUUCCGUGGCCAUCUCUUAGCCCGGAUGUCAACCCUAUAGAAAAUCUUUGGUCAUUAUUGAAAAUUAAAAUUUCAAAUCGAAAACCGAAAACAAUCAAAGAUUUAAAAAGAGCAAUUUACAAGGAGUGGAAUGAUCUUCCCAAAGAAUUAGCAUCUAAACUUGUAUGGAGUAUGAAAAAUCGUGUUGAAGAACUUAUUCAAUCUCGAGGCGAAUACAUACUCUAUUAA